AUGAGGGCACUGUCAAAGCUAGUCAAUCUUAAAAAUCCAGAUCGUGUCUUGUUUGUUGGAGAGGCACUUGUUGGAAAUGAUGUUGUUGAUCAGCUUUCAAAGUUUAAUCAGCUUCUGGAUGAGAUGAUUGACAAUGGCUUCCCUCUCACUACAGAACCUAAUAUUCUGAGAGAGAUGAUUGCUCCACCAAAUAUAGUUAACAAGAUGUUGAGUGUGGUGACAUGCAAUAGUUCCAACAUGAGUGACACACUUCCAGGUCCAACAUCAUCUUGCAUUCCAUGGAGAACAGCAGACCCGAAAUAUGCUAACAAUGAAGUUUAUGUUGAUCUUGUUGAAGAAAUGGAUGCAAUUGUAAAGAGGGAUGGGGUCCGGGUGAAAUGCGAGAUAUAUGGUGAAGUGAAAGUGAACUCCCAUCUCUCAGGUGUUCCUGAUUUGACUCUUUCAUUUGCAAACCCUUCUAUUCUUGAUGAUGUAAGAUUCCAUCCAUGUCUUAGAUUUCGCCCUAGGGAAUCCCAACAAAUUUUGUCAUUUGUGCCUCUUGAUGGACAGUUUAAACUGAUGAGCUACAGGUGUAUGGUGUUAAAGCGACACUUAGGUUAUUAA